GAAAUAGAAUGAUGAUCAGGAUCCAUCUCAAAUUACUGGUGAAGUACUAACCUGUCUACAAAAAUGAGAAGCAACAGUUGGUCACUAUCUUUUGUGAAUAUCACCAUGAAUAUCAUUUUCUUUAUAUUUUUCAAACUGACAUACUAGUACUAUUACUAGACUAACAGACAUAUCAAUGACAAUAUAAUUUAUAUAGAGAUAUGGUCACUAUGUGUUUGUUUACUAUUAAUAAUUUGCUUUUAUAUAAUAGGUACAACACAAGGCAAAGUCAUUGUUGGUCUGGAGAGUAACUAAUACAUUGUUACUAAACGGUAAGAGUAAAUCCAAUGUGUUUAUUCCUACAUUUUUACGUCUAUUUACCUGAGAGUGCCUUUACCCAUUUGCCCUGAACACUUCUGACCUCCCCCAUUAAACACUCUGCCAACAAGCGAAUCCAAUUAUGGCUGCAUUAACCCGUGCCCUUUCCCUGCCCCGGGCCUUUUGUCAGCACGGUGUAUUCACACAUGCCGCCGUACAUUCACAGACCAUCAGCGCCAUGGCGUCAUCCGUCGCCACGGGCAACGCAAUCAAAGCGUCCGUGACUACUGAUUUGGAACCGACCAUGUGAGUCUCAGGGGGGAGUAGGAAAAAAGCGGAAAGUAUGUCAUGUGCAGUAACAAUAACUUGCCACAAUUCAACUCCUACAAAUGUAGAUAUUAAUAAUUCAAAGACAUGUCCCCGAAAGAUUAGUCCACAAACGAACGAAAUACUAAGAAUUGGGACCGUGGCUUUCAUAGAUAACAAAAGUGUCUGUAAAAAAAACGUGCUCCAAAGAUAUUGUACUUUAACCAAGUUUGUAUUCUUAACUACAUUUCCGAAAAUAAAUUUACAUCAAGUUAUUUCACGUUUUUGCUUAAACUUCUACAUUCGAAACCUUUACUUCAUUCUGUCUCAUUAUUCAAUUACUUAAAAUAACGCAAGCACAGUUCAUAAAUGAACGAUGAUAACAUAUGAUUGACGGAACAUGAUAACAGCCAAAAAAAAUUACCAUGGAAACGAGAUAUACUAUUUUUCAUCAGAUCAUGUAUAAUGUUUGAAGGAUGUCAGUUUUGACUUUCCUCGGUCCGUAGUCAGUGCCACUUUCCUGGCCCACCACCCCUGUCCUGUGUUUACCCUCCCGUGACCAGGUCCUGCCGCCCGAUAGGCUGUCCGCCCGGAUGGGUUGCCUCAGUGUUGCCCCGGAGUUAUUUACUUCGCCGCCAUUGCUGCCACACACAGCAGUGUGGACCCGGUAAGAUUAUCCGUGUUGAACUCUCCCGGCACAAAGGGAAGUACAUCUUUAACCUGUGUACGUACAAGGUUUCUUCUCCUCCCCCGUCUCACUGUUACAUCCAGGUGAGAAGGGUUAGUACGCCCGGGACUCAGGAACCGAGUUUAAUACACCAAGCAGAGCACAAGUCACGCUAGCUAUCAAACAACAUGGACGACGACGAAGAGGUUGAGGGUUUGGGUUCCUCCAACCCCACCACGGACCCCAGGUACGAGUUUCUCUCUGAUUAUGUCCUGAGAGCGAUGAAACUCAAACCCGACAAGUGGAACAAAUGUAUCGGACUGGACGACAACAGACAGAAGAUCUCCGAUUUCUUCGAGAAGCCGGAAAACCCACAGCUGAUCUUCAUGUCCAACACGGCUGGAAACAUCGAGGUUCGCCUGGACUUUCCCAACCACCUGAGGAGCAAGGCUGUGUACUUUGUGAAGAGAAACAACGAGAUGAUCGGGAGAGACAACUACAAGCAGGCCCUGGUGUACGGCGAUCUGUCCUACGCCCCGCUGGAACAGCUGUCUGCUCUAGUAGACGAGGUGUUGGCACCUCUCCUGUCUAACGAGAGGAACCACAAGGGCUGGCCGACAGUGGUGUCCCAGGACGUGCUGCGUCAUGUGCACAACCUGAAGAGCCAGGUGUACGUGGUCGGAGGACAAGUCAAGGGUAAGACGCUGCUGCCUCUGCCCGAGGGCGCCGAGAAGAUCGAAGACGCCGCGGAACCGGACGAUGGGUACGACAGCCGGGAAGGGUCUCCUCACGAGGACGACUUCUACGAGGACAACUACACCAACCGUGUCCUGCUGCACUCGCUGGAGUCCAUGAUCAUCGACUGGUCGCACCAGAUCAGGGAGGUGCUGAAGAAGGACUCCGCUGCGCCGCUGCUGGCCGGUCUGCACCCCGGGCCUGACGUGGAGAUCACCUUCUGGAACUCACGCUGCUCCAACCUGGAGUGCAUCUAUGAACAGCUGCGCCAGCCCCGUGUCCGCAAGAUGGGCCAGCUGCUGGAGAGGAUGAACAGCAGCUACUUCCCUGCCUUCAAGGACCUGUUUACAGACGUGGUGCACGCUGUAACCGAGGCCAAGGAUAUCACCAUGUACCUGAAGCCUGUGAGUAACCAGAUGGACGACCUUCAGGAGUUUGAGUUUGACGAGUACGCCAAGGCCAUGCCUGCGCUGAUGCACACCGUCUGUCUCGUCUGGAGUAACUCCAAGUUCUACAACACCGCACCCAGGAUCAUCGUCCUGCUACAGGAGAUCUGCAACCUGCUCAUCGAACAGUGUCGCCACUACCUCCCCUCGGAAGAUCUGUUCAAAGGGGAGUUGGAUGAGUCUCUGGAAAAGAUCCAAGCUGCGCUGAAAGUCUUCACCGUCUUCAAGGACAGCUACGAGGAUCGGAGGGCCAACAUGCGGACGUACUUUGAGAACGGCCAGAAUGGCGAGGCUGUGCGGGAGUGGGAGUUUAACCCCCAACUGGUGUUCGCACGGAUGGACAGCUUCAUGGCCAGGAUACAAACGUUGGAGAACUUGUUCUCCACUGCGCAAGAGUUCAUGAAGCUGGAAAAGAUCGAGUUCACGGGCAUCAAGGGAAACAUCCUCAGUCAGCAGGUCGCCGCCAUGUUUAACGAGUUCUGCGACAUCUUCAAGGUCUUCAGCGACAGGUCGUACGACGCACUGGACCAUGAAGACGAGGAAUUUCAGCGAGAUUACAACGACUUCUGUAACCACAUCGCGGACCUGGACCAUCGCCUCGGCUCCAUCCUGUGCCGGGCCUUUGACGACUGCUCCGGGACCGAGGCUUGUUUCAAGCUCCUGGACAUUUUCGGCUCGCUGCUGGAACGCCCCGUCAUCAAGCACGAGUUCGAGCACAAGUACCCCGUGCUCCUCCGCAUCUUCGACCGCGACCUCGACACGGCGAAGGCCAUCUAUGACCAGCAGAUGGCCUACAUCGCGGAAACAGACGGCGCUGCAGUGGUCAACAAGAACAUGGCCCAAGUGUCCGGUCAGCUGAAGUGGGCCAAGCAGCUGCGCGAGCGGAUCGAUAUCCCAAAGAAAGAGUUCAGGCACAUAGAUCACCCGUGCAUGCACACGGAGGAAGCCAAGAUCAUCUUCAGGAAGCAUGAAGAGAUGAUGAAUCUUCUCUCCAGGUUUGACGACAAGGUGUAUGACAACUGGACCAAGGGAGUGGACGACAUCUGCCGCUUCAACCUGGACCAGCCGCUCAUCAAUCGUGACGAGAGGACCCGGCAUAUCAGCGUCAACUUUGACCCUAAGUUGAUCUCCGUGUUGCGUGAGGUGAAAUACAUGAUCUACGCGGGCCAGACAAACAUCCCCGCCAGUGCCGAGGCCAUCUACCAGCGGAACAACACCCUGCACCAGUACCUGAACAACCUGGACCUAACGGUGGCGUGGUACAACAAGAUCAGGGACACCGUGCUGGAGGUGGAGUUCCCGCUGAUCAAGGCACGGCUGGAGGAGAUCGACUCGCAGAUGGAGCGGGCGGAGACCACCAUUACCUGGAACAGCGACGGUGUUUGGGAGUACAUUCAGGAGACACGUGACAUGGUGCACGAUCUAGAACAGCGCGUCAGUAAAGCCAAGAACAACGUGGAGCAGAUACAGAACAUCAUGGCGAAGUGGACGGAGGUGCCGCUGUUCGAGCGGCGCGAGCUGCACCACCAGCCGGACCUGUUGAACCUGGAGGACCGCCAGGAGCGCCUCAACAAGCGCUACGCAGACAUCAAGGAGUCGGGAGACAGGAUACACCAGCUGCUCAAGGAAAACCUGGAACACUUCAAAGCGGAGGAGGAGCUGGACACGUGGCGCGCCUAUGUGGACUAUGUGGAUGACAUGGUAGUGGAUGGCUUCUUCAACGCCAUCCAGUGCUCUCUGCAGUAUCUCCUGGAUAAUACCGAGCCCAGGCCCGCCAACGUACCACUCUUUGAGUCCAGGAUGGAACUGUCUGUACCAGACACCAUCUUCUUCCCCGCCCUGGAUUUCGGCGUGUCUGACGGCUUCUAUGACUUGGUGGAAGGGAUCGUCAACGACAUCUACAAGAUCUCCUCUCUGGUGCCGAGACUAGCGACGCACAGUGGGCUCGAACAUUAUCAAGCUGACCUGGAGGACAUGAUGGACCUGUCCGAGAUGCGGUCAGAGCUGAUGGAGCGGAUCCAGACAGUCAUGAACAAGGCUAUUGAGUACAGGAACUCCUUCGACCAGUACGCCUAUCUCUGGGUGGACGAUAGGAAGGAGUUCAUGCGGCAGUUCCUGUUGUACAAUCACGUCCUCACCGCAGAGGAGAUAGAAGCCCAUGCAGAUGACGGCGUGCCAGAAAAUCCGCCAACACUCGAGCAGUUCAAAGAACAGAUUGACAGCUAUGAGAAGAUCUACGAAGUCGUUGAAGGCUUUAGCGACACGGCCAUUUUCGAGAGCUGGUUCCGUGUAGACUCGAGACCUUUCAAGCAAGCUCUGCUGAACAUCAUCAAGAAAUGGAGCUACAUGUUCAAGCAGUACCUGAUCGACCACGUCACAAACAGCCUGACAGACCUGGCAGAGUUCAUCCAAGUGACGGACGCUGGGCUGACCAAGGAGGUGACGGAGGGAGACUACGAUGAGCUGGUUGAGUGCAUGGGUCAUCUGAUGGCAGUCAGAGACAGGCAGCUGGCCACGGAUGAGAUGUUCGAACCGCUGAAGGAGACCAUAGAACUUCUCAAGACGUACAACCAGGAGAUGCCUGACGAGGUUCAUCAGCAGCUGGAGGAGUUACCGGAGAAAUGGAACAACACCAAGAAGAAUGCUAUCACUAAGAAACAGGAAGUCGCGCCCCUACAAACAAAUGAAGUCGCCAACAUCAGGCGUAAAUGUGGACAAUUUGACGUCAAGCAGCACGAGUUCAGAGAAAGGUUCAGAAGAGAGGCACCCUUCCGUUUCGACUCAGACGAUCCAUACCGACGACUCGACACCGAGCACCUACUGCUUAGUGCCAUGGAGACUGAGAUGCAGAAGCUCCUGGAAUCGGCAGGGUUAUUCGAGGUCAACGUCCCAGACUAUCGCCAGCUCAAAGCCUGCAGGAAGGAAGUGCGCCUGCUCAAGAUCUUAUGGGACAUGAUCUUCCUAGUCCAGACGAGUAUCGACGACUGGAAGACGACCAAAUGGCAAGAAAUCAACGUGGAAGUCAUGGAGAUGGAAUGUAAGCGGUUUGCUAAGGACAUCCGGGUUCUGGACAAGGAAGUUCGUGCCUGGGACGCCUUCUCCGGAUUGGACAGUACGGUCAAGAACAUCCUGACGUCACUCCGUGCUGUGACUGAGCUGCAGAACCCUGCAAUCAGAGAGAGACACUGGCAGCAGCUCAUGACUGUCGCAAAGGUGACAUUCGUGAUGGAUGAGGACACAACCCUGGCCGACCUGCUGAACCUGCAGCUGCACAAGGUGGAGGACGAGGUGAGGAACAUCGUGGACAAGGCCGUGAAGGAGAUGAGUAUGGAGAAGAUCCUGAAGGAGCUGGACGUCACCUGGGCCACCAUGGAGUUCGGACAGGACAGUCACGUCAGGACGGGCAUCACUCUCAUCAAGGCUGACGAGGAGCUCAUAGAAACUCUAGAGGACAACCAGGUUCAACUACAAAACAUGAUGAUGUCCAAGUACAUCGACCACUUCCUGGAGGAAGUUUCUCGUUGGCAGAAGAAGCUGACCACAGCCGACUCCGUGAUUAACAUCUGGCUGGAGGUGCAGCGCACCUGGUCUCACCUGGAGAGCAUCUUCAUCGGUUCAGAGGACAUCCGGAGUCAGCUGCCCGAGGAUUCCAAAAGAUUCGAUGGCAUCGAUUCCGAUUUCAAGGAACUGAUGAAGGAGGCAGAGAAGACACUGAACGUGGUAAUUGCCACGAACAAAGAUGGUCUGUACGAGAAGCUGGAGGAGAUACAAUCAAGGUUGGCUCUGUGUGAAAAGGCCUUGGCCGACUAUCUGGACACAAAGCGUCUUGCAUUCCCGAGAUUCUAUUUCGUGUCUUCCACGGAUCUCCUGGACAUCCUGUCAAAGGGAACACAGCCGACUCAGGUCGCACGCCACUUACCGAAACUGUUCGACAACAUGGCGCGGCUGAAGUUCCAGGAAGAUGAAGACGGCAACCCGACCAAAACAGCGCUGGGGAUGUACAGCAAGGAGGGCGAGUACGUCGACUUCCCGGAGCCGUGUGAAUGUGUGGGCCAGGUGGAGGCGUGGCUAAACCGGCUCCUGGACACCAUGCGUGCUUCUGUCAGACAUGAGAUGAUGGAUGCUGUAGUGACGUAUGAAGAGAAGCCACGUGAGCAGUGGGUUUUCGACUACCCAGCACAGGUUGCUCUGACGAUGUCUCAGGUGUGGUGGACCACGGAGGUUACCAUUGCUUUCGGUCGGCUCGAGGAAGGGUACGAAAAUGCCAUGAAGGAUUACAACAAAAAGCAGAUUCAACAGCUGAACACGAUGAUCCUGAUGUUGCUGGGAGACCUCAGCUCGGGUGACCGACAGAAACUGGUCACCAUCUGUACCAUCGAUGUGCACAACAGGGACGUAGUGGGGAAGAUGAUCACAAACAAGACUGAGAAUGCCCAGGCGUUCCUGUGGCUAAGCCAGCUGCGGCACCGGUGGGAUGAACAACAGAAAGACUGUUUCGCCAACAUCUGUGACGCCCAGUUCAAGUAUGCCUACGAGUACCUGGGGAACACGGCUCGACUUGUCAUCACACCAUUGACGGACAGGUGCUACAUCACCUUGACGCAGUCUCUUCACCUGACCAUGAGCGGAGCCCCAGCCGGACCCGCCGGUACAGGGAAAACAGAGACCACUAAGGACCUGGGGCGCGCACUCGGUAUCAUGGUGUACGUCUUCAACUGCUCGGAACAGAUGGACUACAAGUCUAUUGGGAACAUCUACAAAGGGCUUGCGCAGACUGGAGCAUGGGGCUGCUUUGACGAGUUCAACCGUAUCUCCGUGGAAGUUCUAUCGGUCGUGGCUGUCCAGGUUAAGUCCAUUCAGGACGCCAUUCGCAACAAGAAGUCCCGGUUCAUGUUUGAAGGAGAGGACAUCGUGAUGACGCCGACUGUGGGCCUGUUCAUCACCAUGAACCCGGGCUACGCUGGCAGGACAGAACUGCCGGAGAACCUGAAGUCAUUAUUCAGACCGUGUGCCAUGGUUGUACCUGACUUCGGCAUGAUCUGUGAGAACAUGCUGCUGGCUGCGGGCUUCACGGAGGCCAAACUGCUGGCCAGGAAGUUCAUCACGCUGUACACGCUGUGUCGGGAGCUGCUGUCUAAGCAGGACCACUACGACUGGGGGUUGAGGGCGAUCAAGUCUGUCCUGGUGGUGGCAGGAGCGCUCCGAAGAUCAGACCGCCAGAGGCCGGAAGACCAGGUGCUGAUGCGGGCCCUCCGCGACUUCAACAUUCCCAAGAUCGUCACAGAUGACUUACCGAUCUUCAUGGGACUGAUAGGUGAUCUCUUCCCUGCCCUUGAUGUGCCGCGUAAGCGCGACAUGGACCUGGAGGCUGCCGUACGGAAAACUACUCUGGAACUCAAACUGCAACCUGAGGAGAGCUUCAUCAUGAAGGUGGUACAACUGGAGGAGCUCCUUGAUGUUCGUCACUCCGUUUUCGUCAUUGGCAAUGCAGGAACCGGAAAAUCCAAGGUGAUGAAGACACUGCACAGGACCUACGCCAACCUGAAGCGCAAGCCUGUGUGGAAUGACCUGAACCCCAAAGCCGUCACCACUGAUGAGCUGUUCGGUUACAUCAACCCUGCCACGCGCGAGUGGAAAGACGGUCUGUUCUCCACCAUCAUGCGAGACCAGGCUAACAUCACUCAUGACGGGAACAAAUGGAUCGUGCUGGACGGGGACAUUGACCCCAUGUGGAUAGAGUCCCUCAAUACUGUCAUGGACGACAAUAAGGUGUUGACGUUGGCCAGUAACGAGCGCGUCCCGCUGAACCCGUCCAUGCGGCUGCUGUUUGAGAUCAGUCACCUCCGGACGGCAACCCCCGCCACCGUCUCACGGGCCGGCAUUCUGUACGUCAACCCGCAGGACCUGGGCUGGCAUCCAUGUUGUGCUACUUGCUGGAGGUACUGCUGACUCCUCAGAACACUCCACCAGAUUGCCCUAAGGAGCUGUACGAGCUGUACUUUGUGUUUGCAGCUGCGUGGGCGUUUGGUGGCUCCAUGUUCCAGGAUCAGCUGGUUGAUUACCGUGUGGAGUUCAGCAAGUGGUGGGUGACAGAGUUCAAGACCAUCAAGUUCCCGUCACACGGCACCAUCUUUGACUACUUCAUCGAUCCGGAGUCAAAGAAGUUCCUUCCGUGGACGGAAAAGGUGCCCAAGUUUGACAUGGAUCCAGACAAGCCACUGCAGGCCGUGCUUGUACACACAGCAGAGACUACCCGCAUCAAGUACUUUGUAGACAUGCUCAUGGCCAAGGGAAGGCCGGUCAUGUUGGUGGGUAAUGCCGGAACUGGCAAGACUGUGCUGGCUGGGGACAAGUUCAGUAGUCUCUCCGAGGAUUACAUGGUCACAAAGAUCCCCUUCAACUACUACACAACCUCUGCUAUGUUGCAAGCGAUCAUGGAGAAGCCACUUGAGAAGAAGGCCGGUCGUAACUACGGUCCACCUGGCGGGAAAAAACUCAUCUACUUCCUGGACGACAUGAACAUGCCUGAGGUGGACACGUACGGCACGGUCCAGCCGCACACGCUGAUCCGCCAACACAUGGACUACAACCACUGGUACGACAGAGCCAAGCUCACACUCAAGGACAUCCUCAACUGUCAGUAUGUCGCCUGCAUGAACCCGACCGCUGGAAGCUUCACCAUCAACCCAAGACUACAGCGCCACUUUGCGGUGUUCGCGGUUAGCUUCCCCGGCGCAGACGCCCUGACUACCAUCUACAAGAGCAUCAUCAACGGGCACCUACAGGGCGCUAACUUCAGCAACAACGUGGUGAAGUGUGCUGCUCACGUUGUGGAGGCAGCCAUCGGGCUGCACCAGAAGAUAACCUCCACAUUCCUGCCCACAGCCAUCAAGUUUCACUACAUCUUCAACCUCAGAGACCUGUCCAACAUCUUUCAGGGUAUCUUGUUUGCUGGACCGGAGUGUAUCAAGACUCCCCUUGACUUCAUACGUCUCUGGAUACACGAGGCGAACCGUGUGUACGGAGACAAGCUGGUGGACGAGAAGGACAUGGAGAUGUUCAACAAAGUCGUGGUGGACAACGUGCGCAAGUACUUUGAGGAUAUGGAAGAGAGCGACAUCAUGGAAAAGCCCAACAUGUACACCCACUUUUCUUUGGGGAUCGGUGACCCCAAGUACAUGCCUGUUUCUGGGUGGGCUGAACUCAACAAGCUGCUGGUCGAGGCCUUGGACACAUACAAUGAGCUGAAUGCAGCCAUGAACCUGGUUCUGUUUGAAGAUGCCAUGCAACAUGUGUGUCGUAUCAACCGUAUCCUGGAGUCUCCCCGUGGUAACGCGCUCCUGGUUGGUGUAGGAGGCAGCGGGAAGCAGAGUUUGUCACGCCUGGCCGCUCACAUCAGCGCCCUGGACGUGUUCCAGAUCACGCUCAGGAAGGGCUACAGCAUCCCAGAUCUUAAGCUGGACCUAGCCUCUCUAUACAUCAAGGCAGGAAUGAAGAACAUCGGCAUGGUGUUCCUGAUGACCGACGCACAGGUCGCAGACGAGAAGUUCCUGGUGCUGGUCAAUGAUCUCUUGGCAUCUGGAGAAAUACCGGACCUCUUCCCUGAUGACGAGAUCGAGAACAUCAUCAGCGGGCUGCGGAUGGAGGUGAAGGGUCUUGGGCUGCAGGACACACGAGAGAACUGCUGGAGUUUCUUCAUCGACAGGGUUCGACGUCAACUUAAGGUCGUCCUGUGCUUUUCGCCUGUCGGACGCACCCUGCGCGUGCGUGGACGCCGUUUUCCGGCCGUGGUGAACUGCACGUCGAUCGACUGGUUCCAGGACUGGCCGCAGGAGGCGCUGGAGUCCGUCAGCAGGAGGUUCAUAGAGGAGGUGGAUGGAAUAGAGCCGGACGUGAAGAAUUCCAUCAGUCUCUUCAUGUCCUACGCGCACACUAGUGUAAACGAGAUGAGCAAGGCCUACAUCGCAAACGAGCGACGGUACAACUACACAACACCCAAGAGCUUCCUGGAGCAGAUCGCUCUCUACAGGAAUCUCCUCAAGAAGAAGAGUGACGAGCUGACGGCAAAGAUGCAACGGUUGGAGAACGGAUUGUUGAAACUGCAGAGUACAGCAUCACAGGUGGACGACUUGAAAGCAAAGCUGGCCUCACAAGAAGUGGAACUGAAGGCAAAGAACGAGGAGGCUGAAAAGUUGAUCGCCAAAGUCGGGGCAGAGACAGAAAGAGUCAGUAAGGAGAAGGCCAUCGCAGAUGAAGAAGAGGAGAAGGUGUCCGUCAUAAAGCAGAAGGUGUCCGUGAAGCAGAAGUCCUGUGAGGAGGACCUGGCCCGUGCUGAGCCUGCGCUGCAAGCUGCAAAGGAGGCGUUGGACACACUGAAUAAGGGCAACCUGACGGAAAUGAAGGCGUUCGGUUCCCCACCUGCAGCUGUAAUUAAUGUCACAGCUGCAGUAAUGGUGCUGAUGGCACCUGGUGGGAAGGUACCGAAAGACAGGAGCUGGAAGUCGGCCAAGGCACAACUUAUGAGCAAGGUGGACACAUUUCUGGAGAAUCUGCUAAACUUUGACAAAGAGAACAUCCCCGAUGCCAACUUGAAGGCAAUACAGCCAUACCUCCAGGACAAGGAGUUCAAUCCCGACAACAUCCGCACCAAGGCGAGCCACGGACCCAGCUGCACAUCUGGACAACUAUCUAUUGUCGUGAGGGUCAUAUUGUUGUGACAUAUCACAAAUCAAUGAUACUCGCCCCAAUUUCAGGACCUUGAAGCAACUCUGGCAGACCUGACUGCGAAAUUCGAGAAAGCCACGGAAGAGAAGCUGAAGUGCCAGCAAGAGGCAGACCGCACGGCGUACACCAUCUCCCUGGCCAACCGUCUGGUCGGAGGGCUGGCCUCGGAAAACGUCCGGUGGGCGGAGUCCGUCAACAACUUCAAGGUCCAAGCUAGUACCCUGUGUGGUGACGUGCUGCUGAUCGCUGCAUUCGUGUCUUACGUCGGGUGCUUCUCCAAGCGCUACCGACAGGACCUCAUCGAGAACUACUGGACACCUUUCAUCAAACAGUUGAAGGUUCCCAUCCCCAUAACAGAGGGCCUGGACCCCUUAUCCUUGCUGACAGACGACGCAGACAUCGCUGCAUGGAACAAUGAGGGGUUGCCUAGCGACCGCAUGUCCACGGAGAAUGCCACCAUCUUGUUGAACUGUGAACGCUGGCCUCUAAUGAUCGACCCUCAGCUGCAGGGUAUCAAGUGGAUAAAGACACGAGUUGGAGACGGCCUUGUCAUAGUCAAGAUUGGACAAAAGGGGUACCUGGACACUAUUGAGCGCGCCCUUUCCACAGGAGAGACCGUCCUCUUUGAGAAUAUUGAGGAGUCCGUGGAUCCAGUACUUGACCCACUCCUCGGAAGAAACACCAUCAAGAAGGGGAGAUGCAUCAAAAUUGGAGACAAAGAGUGCGAGUACCAUUCAAAGUUCCGGUUGAUCCUGCACACCAAGCUGGCCAAUCCGCACUACAAACCGGAGAUGCAGGCCCAGACCACUCUCAUCAACUUCACUGUCACCAGGGACGGGCUGGAGGAUCAGCUGCUCGCUGAUGUUGUCAGCAAGGAGAGGCCUGAUCUGGAAACGAAAAAGUCUGACCUGACCAAGCAGCAGAACGGCUUCAAGAUCAAACUGAAGGAACUAGAGGAUUCCUUGCUGUCUCGCCUUUCCGCCGCCCAAGGCAACUUCCUGGGGGAUACAGCACUUGUGGAGAAUUUGGAGACCACCAAGCGUACCGCUGCAGAGAUUGAAGUGAAGGUUGAAGAAGCCAAGACAACAGAGGCCAACAUUAACGAAGCUCGCGAGCUGUACCGUCCCGCAGCCGCUCGUGCCUCCCUACUCUACUUCAUCCUUAAUGACCUGAACAUGAUCAACCCCAUCUACCAGUUCUCCCUGAAGGCGUUCAACGUAGUCUUCGCCAAAGCUAUUGAGCGUGCGGGCCAAGCAGAAGAGGUGAAGGAACGCGUCGCCAACCUGAUCGACUCCAUCUCCUUCUCUGUCUUCAUGUAUACAACACGCGGCCUGUUUGAACGGGACAAGCUCACGUUCUUGUCUCAAGUGGCUUUCCAGAUCCUUCUGAUGAAUAAGGAAAUCAGCAUGGUAGAGUUGGACUUCCUGCUGCGCUUCCCGAUCCACGUUAACGUGAAGACCCCAGUGGACUUCUUAACGGAUACUGCCUGGGGAGGCAUCAAGGCUUUAUCAGCUAUGGAGGAAUUCCACAACCUUGACCGUGACAUCGAAGGAUCUGCCAAACGCUGGAAGAAGUUCGCAGAGAGCGAGUGUCCGGAGAAAGAGAAGUUUCCGCAAGAGUGGAAAAACAAAACCUCCCUUCAGAAGCUGUGUAUGAUGAGGGCAUUGCGCCCGGAUAGGAUGACAUAUGCUGUCACGAACUUUGUAGAAGAGAAGCUCGGCAGCAAGUAUGUCACCAGCAGACAGGUGGAAUUUGCAAAGUCUUUCGAAGAGACCGGUCCGGCCACGCCGGUGUUCUUCAUCUUGUCGGCAGGAGUCGACCCGCUGAAGGACGUGGAGGCCCUAGGGCACAAGCUGGGCUUCACGUUCGAUAACGGCAACUUUCACAAUGUGUCGCUCGGCCAGGGCCAGGAGGUGGUCGCCGAGAAUGCGCUGGAUCUGGCAGCAAAGGAUGGGCAUUGGGUAAUCCUCCAGAACAUUCACCUGGUAGCCAAGUGGCUGAGCACUCUGGAGAAGAAGAUGGACGAGAACAGCGGGGACGGUCACGAGGCGUACCGCGUCUUCAUCUCUGCAGAGGCGGCGAACGCCCCUGAGGAGCACAUCAUCCCCCAGGGCAUCCUGGAGAAUGCCAUCAAAAUCACCAACGAGCCGCCAACUGGUAUAUUUGCUAAUCUGCAUAAGGCACUGGACAACUUCAACCAGGACACAAUGGAAAUGUGUGCCCGCGAGCUGGAGUUUAAGAGUAUACUCGUUGGUCUGUGCUACUUCCAUGCUGUUGUUGGAGAGAGGCGCAAGUUUGGACCCCAAGGGUGGAACAGGCCCUAUCCUUUCAACAACGGGGAUCUCACCAUCUCUGUCAAUGUGCUGUAUAACUACCUUGAGGCUAACGCAAAGGUGCCUUGGACAGACCUGCGCUACCUGUUUGGGCAGAUCAUGUAUGGAGGCCACAUCACCGAUGACUGGGACAGGCGGCUGUGCAGCACGUAUUUGGAGGAGUACAUGCAUCCGGAUAUGCUCGAUGGAGAGCUGUCCUUUGCACCAGGCUUCCCUUGUCCGCCAAACCUGGACUACAAAGGCUACCAUCAGUACAUAGACGACAUGCUGCCACCCGAGAGCCCGUACCUGUACGGACUUCAUCCAAACGCCGAGAUCGGCUUUCUGACCACCACGUCAGACAACCUGUUCAAGACGGUACUGGAGCUGCAGCCAAGGGACAGUGCCUCAGGAGCUGGGAGUGGACCAACCGUUGAAGAGAAGGUAAAGAACACCCUCGAUGAGAUACUCGAAAAGCUGCCCGAGGAGUUCAACAUGCAAGAAAUCACGGCCAAGGCUGAGAGCAAGACCCCAUAUGUCCUGGUGGCCCUACAGGAGUGUGAGCGGAUGAAUCAACUCACUAGGGAAAUCCGGAGGUCGCUUAAGAACCUCGAUCUUGGUUUGAAGGGCGAGCUGACAAUCUCCCCAGAGAUGGAGGCCCUACAGAACUCUCUAUUCUUCGACCACGUGCCUGAUUCCUGGGCCAGGCUGGCUUACCCCUCGAUGUACGGGCUUGCGCAGUGGUAUGCCGAUCUUCUGGCCCGCAUCCGGGAACUUGACACCUGGGUGAACGACUUUACCCUCCCUGCGGUUGUCUGGCUCUCCGGGUUCUUCAACCCUCAGUCCUUCCUCACUGCUAUCAUGCAGAGCAUGGCACGCAAGAAUGAGUGGCCUUUGGACAAGAUGUGUCUGACAGUUGACGUCACCAAGAAGAGCAAGGAGGACUUCGGUGGCCCGCCGCGUGAGGGCGCUUAUGUGCAUGGGCUUUUCAUGGAAGGUGCUCGCUGGGACGCACAGACAGGCAUGAUGACAGACGCCCGUCUGAAGGAACUGACCCCAGCCAUGCCAGUCAUGUUCAUUAAGGCCAUCCCUGUGGACCGACAGGACACUAAGAACAUCUACGAGUGUCCAGUCUACAAAACCAAGAUGAGAGGACCCACCUUCGUCUGGACCUUCAACCUCAAGACCAAGGAGAAGCCGGCCAAGUGGAUUCUUGCUGGAGUCGCUCUACUUCUGUCUGUCUAGUUUAGUAUUUGUUAGAUUCGAUACGAUACAACAGAUUUUGAACAGAGUUUGGUAAUCUGGCCAGAGUAAAGACCACUUUCAAAUGUAUAAUGCAAAAUGUCAUCAGAUUGUGCAAGCAAGCCGAUAAGAUUAUCUCAGAACAUCUCAAAUAGUUGAACUUUGUGAGAAGCGCACUCUACCUCGUAGCCAUUGCUAUUGCCCAGUACCUACUGAAAGUAGUCUUAUAGAUAGUCGAAAGUCUGUAAUUCGUGAUGGUCAAAAGAAACAAUCAGGACGAUGUCAACAGUAGGGGCCGGAUGGACGCGUGGUACUGAAAUGCUGUGGUAU